AUGUCAUACCGUGGACCUCAUCAUAACCAAUUCAAUAAUCAGUUUCCUCAGGGAAUUCCAAGUGGAAUGGCAGGAUCAACCGGACCAGGACCGGUUUCAAGUAGUAAGUCGAUUUUUGAACAGUUUGAAUCGAUUUCUAAAAAAACUGAAGAUUUGAUCGAUGAAUAUUCCAGACCAAUUAAACCAUAUGUUCCAUCAAUAGGCCGUGCUUUUAUUGUGGCUACUUUUUAUGAGGAUUCAUUAAGAAUCUUCACUCAAUGGUCAGAACAAGUUUAUUAUUUAUAUAAUUAUCGUAAAUAUUGGAAAUGGGUUACGGUAUUAUUUUUAAUCUUGAAUAUCGUGGUAAUGUUAAGUGCUUCCACUUUAUUAGUUUUAAGAAAAAAACCAGAAUUUUCAACCCUGGCCCUAGUUGGUGUUGUUAUUAUUCAAGGUAUCUUUUAUGGUUUAGUCACUGAUCUGCAAUUUAUCUUAAGAAAUUUAUCAGUUGUUGGUGGAUUAAUCUUAGCAUUCAGUGAUAGUUUGGUUAGAGAUAAAAGAUCUUUAUCAAUGCCGGGUUUACCAAUGUUACAAAAUAAAGAUCAUAAAAAAUAUUAUUUAUUAGCUGGUCGUUUAUUAUUGGUGUUCUUAUUCUUAGGUUUCGUCUUUAGUGCUUCAUUUUCAUUUUCUCGUUUGGCAAUCAUCUUGGUUGGUUUCGUUGCUUGUGGUUCAAUCAUUGUUGGCUAUAAAACUAAAUUCGCUGCUUUCAUCUUAACCAUUCUUUUAUUCAGUCAUAAUAUCAUUGUUAACCAAUUCUGGAAAUACAACUCCCAUGACUCUACCAGAGAUUUCCUCAAAUAUGAAUUCUUUCAAACUUUAUCCAUCGUAGGUGGGUUAUUAAUCAUUGUUAAUGCUGGUGCUGGUGAAUUAUCUUUGGAUGAAAAGAAAAAAAUUUACUGA